ACAUGGAUACAUCGCCAUUCCUGAUUCAUCUUCGAAGAUUGUUCAAGAUUGUUGUGGGCUAUGACGUCAAAAAACGAAAAUUUAAUUUGUGGAUUGUCUGUUCCUUAAUAAGUAAUACCAUUGCUCUUGGCACAACAUUUUAUAAAUUUAACUUGCACAAAGUACCAAAGAAAGAUUUAAUAGAACAGCUCACAUUAACAGCUGGUUUUACUCUCUUUCUUCUGAAUUCUGCAUCCAUGCUUCGAAUCAGGAAGACGCUUGGUGAAUUGAUUGAAGAUAUUUUCAAGCCUGUAAAAUCAAAUCAAGAAUUGAAAGUGAAAGAAUGCAAGAGCUAUACAAAGUGGAUUAACUUAAUCGGUGUAUUUUUCUUCAUCAACUUGUACCUGAUGCUGUGCUGCCUGACCGCAACAAUCAACCCAUUGGUGAGUCUAAUGUUUUCUUCAGAAACACUACAAGUACAGGAUUUCCCAUUGUUUUUCGGCUGGAUUCCAUUCUAUACAGAGUCGUAUGUAGUAUAUGGUAUAGCAUUCUUCAUAGGAACUAUUUCGAACUUUGGUGGAGGAAUAUUCUGUACCUUUCAUAUGACCAUGAACUUCGCAUUGUUAAAAAUCAAACUCAGAAUGAAGCUUCUGGCAGAGGACAUAAGAAACAUUGACGACAUCGUCAUAUCUCGUGCAGUAUACAGAAUGAUGCAACUACCAGCGUCACAAUUGAAGCAAGUCACGCCAGAAGACAAGAAAGAAAUAUAUUUGAUAUGUAGAAACAAUCUGAUGAAAGAGCUGAUAGAGAGUCAUCUUGAGAUAAUACGGAGUGUCAAGCUUGUGAACGACUGCUAUUCAUUGCCAAUGUUGAUCUUCGCCCAGGCCUCUUCUUUAAUCGCAGCUCUCAUGUUACCCCGAGGGUUGGUGGGAGAGAGUCUGCCUAUACUGGACACGUUAUUCCUGGUAAAUGGUGGUAUAGGAGUAUUGGUGAUCAUAGGCCUAGUCUGCAACUGUGGCCAGAUGAUUGAGGAUGAGUCAGAUAAUAUCCGGCGUGCGUUCUACGAGUACUCUUGGUACUGCGAGGGAAAUAGCUUUCGGAAUAGUCUGAGGACGAUGAUGAUUGUAGCUUCUCGUCCUCUUCGACUGACAGCUGGCGGCAUAUAUCCACUCAAUCGUGAGACCUUUAUUUGUACUUGUAAAAUCCGUGGAGUCCCAGUUCCGGGGUUGGGAGCUGUUUGGCCCAUAAAUCGAGUCAUGGGUGGUGUGGGAGACUGGGGGAGGUUAGACGGCAUGAAUGGAUGUGGCGUCGGCGUCUCGACGUCGUGGCGUCGCCAGUGCGCGCCGGGUCGGCGUCACUGUUAG